AUGAAAUUUGGACAGUUUAAAACAAUAAAUAUUGAGGUAUGACCCUUGACGUCGGACUCAAGUGGGAACACCAUAUUAAAAACAUUACGUCAAGUACAUUGACUAUACUUACUAUGCCUUUGUUGGAGGUCAAAUCGUUUCAAAACGCGAAAUCGAACCGUGAUUGGGUAAGUUCACUUAGGUACGAACUUUGCAUAUCAAGUUAUACAGAGUUGGUGCUUCCUCAAUUUCAGGUGUUCUCACACUUAGAAGUCUACCUUGAGAUGUUCCUUUUCGGACAGAACCAGUUUCAACGAGACGACGAUGAAUAUUAGAAAAGGUUCGACGAUCUGGCAAAUUACGAUCGGGAUAUCUCUGGUGAUAAAUCCGUCUGGCUUGCUCACCGUUACCGUCGGCAAGGCCGUAUACGUAAUUCAUCUCCGCCAUUUCUGCAUUUGAAUAAUUCACCAUUAUUAACAAGAUUGUAAAAACUAAAUAAUGAAAAAGAUGUCACAGCGAACCGAUUUGAAUACAAGAGACUUGCCAGAUGUCAAAAGCCGGUGACGUAUUCCAGAGCGACUAGGUAUUUAUUGCUAAAUUGCAUUCUUCAAUUACAUUAAUUUUCUCGUACAAUAAAACAAUUCAAGAGAUAUCGUUUGUUUUAAAUUGAACGGGGGAUUGAAAAAUAAUUUUUAUUUAGCAUUAAUAUCGAAGUCAAUACCCGUACGCACGGCACUGUUGAAGCUAAAAAUUAUUUUUGCAUUGAAAAGUAUGCAACUUUAUUAAGUUUCACUACGUAUUAAAUAUCAGUGAAAUAUCUAACGCGGUUCUGAAAAUAUUAAUUAAUUUUCAUUUUUUUUCUAAAACUUCAACGCCCCGAGUUUUGGUAAUGAAACAUUUUUGGACCAUAGUUUAUAAAGCAAACUAACAUUAAUUUGUCAUGUAGAUGUACACCCUUAAUUAUUCGCAUAUCACCUUGUAUAAAGCAAAUCUAUCACAUUUUUGUUUCCAUGGAAGAUAUAGGGAAAUGUGUGUGGCUUAUUAUGCCUAACAGUAUCUCUAAGGUCAGCAACAUACUUGAACAACGUCAAAACAAUUGUAAAUAAAUUUUAAUAUAUCUAGAACAAGGGCAACCCGUGCCGAGUUACGUUGGAACAUGUCAAAACUUGCACAUUCGGCGCGACCUACCUAACGUGCACACAGCCUGACACUAAUCAAACUCAAAUGAGGUAAAGUUUCACAACUAUUAAAAUUAGUGGCAGCAUUAGAUGCGUGUCAGUUAACACGUUCACUGCGAAAGACGCUGAUCCGCGUCCGACCGAUCUCACAAGACUGUGGUGUUGUCACCCACAGAAAAAUCUUUAAUAGGGUUUCAAGACAUGUUUCGUGUUACUGCACGAAAAAAAAAACGAGAUAGAAGAAGAAAAUGUAUAUAUGAAAUAGUUUUCAAUUACACAACGCACAACCAAUAGGCUUACGACGCGAAUCCGCGCUUCGCUUGUGCAGCGCCUAAAAUCGUUUAGCCGCUACCAUGCGCGCGGCGCGAGGCAGGUCGCAGCGAACGUGUUAAGUAAGAUAAAUGCUGUUUUUAUUAU